GCGUGAACGUGUAUUUUUCAUGUGUGACCGAGAUUUUCUUAUUGAAAGCAGCUUUUCGUUGUCGUAGUUUAAUAAGAAACGUAUAUUUGGAGCUUAUAUUUUAUUGGCAGUGUCACUGGACAAUUCAACAGACUCCAAAUAAAUGAAAUCAAGAUUUGAAGUCUUUGGGUCUACUCACCUAUCUUAAGUAGGACUAGAACAUAGAAGGAAAAGUGUUAAGAUCGAUUUGCUAACUUAAAGAUGGCCUGAAAACUGAAGUUAUUAAAGCAGUUGUACGUAAUUGGAUGAUGUUGAUAAGUGAUGUUUGGUUACCAUCAUUGUACACCAUUGGUGUGCGCUUCCUCUAACCUGAUAUAGUCGGUCUGUGGGAAAUGAAAUUACCUCUUCUUUUGGAAGACCAGGUGUGGACUUUGUGGUUCCUGUGUCCGGACAAUGAAUCCAAGGGUCCGUGGUUAGCAUCCCGUGGCUGAAAAAUGUGCUUUGCAUUUUUUGGGGCCAUGACGUCAGAUAAGUGUUUACGUCUCCGUGAGAAUAACAACUGUCUUCGCGGUAUGAUCAUUGACAUCGUCUUUCAAGCAACUCGUACAACAAACGGCACUUGACGGCGGAUGGACUUUUCGCAGAGCUCAUGGCGGCUGGACAACCCGUGAACGAUCCCUACUGGGAAUUGGAGAGGUACCUUGAACUGGCGCAAGAAGAAAUUGGAAGAGCUUUUGAUGACCUUAAGGAAUGUGAAAACAGUUCCGAUGGGAAGAAAUUUCUUGGAAGCAGAAGAACUAAACAUGAUAUCAUUAAUGAAGACGAAGGCACUGUAUUCAGGAAUAAAUUAUCAAUUCCAGAUAUUCGUAGGGUCGACGAACAUCCAAAAAUUGGCCAAAAGUUGUCUUGUCCUUCGAAUUUUGAAUAUAAAAAUUUUAGAUCAGAGUUUUAUUCAUGCGUGUCGGACAGUAAAUAUAAUCUCUCUCUUGAUGAGAACUUAGAGAUACAUUCAGAUGAUGAUGAUGACGUGUUUUAUUCUGACAACGAAGACGGUGCAUCAGAGCAUAUUCCUGUGGAUAAUGGACAUCAAAGGUUUGCCUCUUAUCCAAACAACGACCUAUUAACCAGAUCGACUAAAAAACGCAAAGAAAUUAUUUCUUGUCCACUAAAGUGUGAAUCUUUUGAUCUGCUCUCAGUCUGGGCUAACAAUCUAUUGAGGGAAAUUGACGAAACGUUCUCGACAAAUAACCAUGACGAAACAAAUGCUGUAUUUUCUAGUCCUUUGGAGACUUUCGAGAAUGAAAGUGAAUUGCAUUCUCAAAAAACAGACAACGUUUGCGAAAAUGGUUAUCUUUGUAACAAACUUCAUCUAACAAAAUCAUGUUGUUCGACUCAAAAUAACGAAAUGUGUAAAUUCAGUGUUAAGUAUAAUUUUAGAAAUAAAUGUUUGGAGAAACCUAAAGUGACAAGACACUGUUCGUACUCUGCUGAUAUGGAACAAAGUGAUUUUCAAAAAUUACGCUCUUCAGAUUUAAGUCCUCGAAGGUCAUCAUGUCCAUCAUGGAAAACAGUUGGCGAAAAAAUAACUUUCAUGAAGGAUCUGAUUCCAACUGCUCAGAUGGUGAAGCGUACCUGUGAAACUGCAGUUCAGAACAGUGAUGUUGACUUCUUUGUUCAGAGAAAAACUGGAGGCGAAAGCGUACAAAGUAAACACUCGCCUGUGAGAUCGAGGAGCGAAAUUGGUGUACAAACUUCUUUGGUAACUGAUGUAGCUAAUGAAAGUGAGGCGAUAAUUAACAGGUCUUUUAAACCUGUAGAAAAGAACAUCAACCUUAAACUGGAUUCAAGCGUUCACCCAUCAUUUGGCCCUACGAAAAUGGUGAUCACAGAACAAGGCACCGUAGCCUUUCCCCCUUUAGAAGAUCACAAACGAAUAUCAAUUUCAGCAAAUAAAAUCACUGACGGCGUUGAAGAGUUAGUUGAAGCACCUGCUAGUUCUUUUGAAAAUCAUUUACUUGCUGAAAGUGAUUGUAUGGAAGAGGAACUUGACAAAGAAAGACACGCGAGCACCACGGACGAAAAGAACAAUCAAAUUGUAGAAGUUGAUGAAUUCGAAAAAACUAAUAGGGCAAGUACCAAGUUUCUUAUAGAAUGUCAAGCACAAAACUCUUCUUUGUUUAAUCAUUACAAUGUAAAUUGUAAGACGAAAACAUAUAGCACUUAUUAUGAAAAGUUUAUAUCCAAACAUUUCAACCCGUUGAAGAGAAGUAAGACAGAAGAUGACAUUUCAAAAUUGAAAGAGUGGAAGAUGAAGAGUGCACAGAAAUCCAAAAGUGACAGCGACGUUUCUUUAGGCAUAAAACUGACAUUUGAUUAUCCUAAACGCAAUGUACUGCUGCUUCCGUUUGAUACCAGAGAAAGAAAAACAAACCAUAGAGUUGAAGACACCAUGGCUUACUUUUCUAGCGAGAUGAUUAAAGAUACCUUGUGUAGCAGAAAUAUCAAAAUAGGUUCGUGUCGGAAACAAAAUAACAUCCAAGGGAUUCCUGUUAAUAAUUUAGAAAGUCUGACAAAUAAACCUUUAACUUUGAGGUUACAUUUGGAAAAUAUCGAUAGAGAUUAUGCUAAAGUAAGUUUAAGGAAAAUGUCAUCCACAGAUAGCAUGAAAUCUAUAGAACGAGAAUCCAUUGAAGAAGUAUUUUUUGAUGCAGUCAGCCCUCCUGAUGAAGAUGAACUAGAAAUAAGUCAUACAUGUAAACAAAAUCAAACAGGCAAUGUAAAUCAGUCGGUUGUUGCUGAUAAACCACAAGUUAUCAAAAGGACGUGGCAGAAGGCUAUGAGCAGGAAAACUUCAUAUGUGGAUGAUAAAGAGAACUUUCCUGGUGAUGAAACUGGAAAUUUAAAAGAGGACUUUAUAAACGGAAGAGAUGACAUUUAUUCAAAAAUUAUUAUAACUAAUCAGCAUAAUUCAGCGUGGAAUGCAGAAUUAUUGUUAAACAACAGGAAACGUUGUUCCAGUGAAAUAAACAUUAGUGGUAGUAAUGCUAAUAUUGAAACAAAUGAAGUGACGAUCAGUGAGAGGCGUUCACUGUCCGAGUUAAAUCAACUUUCAAAUUCACAGAUAGUUUCUGAGUGUUCAGGAUCGUUCUCAGCAGUCUCAUCUAAGAAUCAACAUGGCUCGGUAUACUUUAUGAGAAAAAUGGAAAACUGUGCAUAUCAACCACGACCACCGCAACGUGGUAAGUUGGAUAGUGACGCUGAACAACCAGCAGAAAAAGAAGUACCGUCUGGACAUGAUUUUGUAUCUGAAGAUACAAAUACUCAAACUACUACACGCUCAUACAGAAGCUUUACGUGGGUGAAUGAAAACAUCAGUAAUAAAUGUGAGGAACUUUCACAAACACUAGAGGGUUCAAGUCUUUCAAAGGAAAGUUUGCCUUCAUUUUCUUCCACAAGUAUUUCUGAAGUACUGUCUGAUGUAUCCGGUUCUUCGCCUGCUAAAAGUACUGAUGUUCAUUCGGACGACGAACCAGAACUCAAUCCUAAUUAUUUCAGACUUGAUGACAUUGACGACUCUAGUAACAGUAGUCUGUCUCUUUCGGAAUACUCAGUCCCAUCGGAACAUGGAAGUGAUAGCCUGUUGCAUCGUACAGAGGAACCAGAUCCUCUAAGUGAUAAUUUGGAUCCUACAAUACAGCACUCCAGUGAAUUACCUGACAGUGUAAAGAAAGAUGAGAUAGGUGUACCUGAUAGCAUUGAAAGAACGAGAAAGAAGUCCCAAAUGAGUAACGCUAAGCCUAAUAACUCGUGUAUUCGUCCACAAAAAAACUAUUCUUGUUCAGAAAAUCAAUUAAACACCAUUUCAGGCUUGGGAGAUAUUGAUGGUGAAAAUGUUCUAGAAGCUCAUUCCAAUUUGAGUUUGCCUGAAACGAGUAAACUAUUUAAGUUGUAUAAAAAUAACUCAGAUAAAAGUAGUUCUGUUUGUGUUCAGACAUUACCCCUUCCUGUUCAGAAAAUUCGAAACAAUGGACACCAGUCAGUACGACUUAUCUCCCCCGUUAAACGAAAAAUAUCCAAAGGAAACAAAAAUGAACAGGCGACACGAUCCUCAACACGAGCCAAGCUCUUUCUUCGUAAAAUGAAUAUUAAGUCCUCAUCAGCGCCAUUAUUACGACUGCAGCACAAUCUGGUGGAAAAUGGUGUAAGAUUGGCACAAAGUACUGUGGCUCCUGAUGAUGUCAACUGUCUUCGGAAAAUGACUGUCGAGGAAAAUAAGUCAAUAGAUGUCACUGUCAAAGCAAACUGGGAUUACAGAACUACUGAUUGUGGAUAUGUGUUGUACCGGACCGAAGAAUUAUGAAUACUGUUUUGUAGAGUUUGCUUAUAUGCUAUUUAUAGAUUUAGAAAAGUGAUUUAAAGUAUGUGGUGUUAAAAAUAAAGCCCUCCAACGCUGUGAAAUUUA